UGUACACUUAAGUAUUUUUCUACUGUCUAUGGAAAGUAACUUACCAGUCCAAUGUGAAUUGCUUGCCACUUUUGUAGUUAGCUAUGUUAUCUCAUUAAUGUCACUAACGAUAUUCAUAACUUUCAGAAAGCGAUUCAAUUCAAGAUGUUGAUAAACCCUGAGCAGGUAGCCUUGAUUGGACAGGUUUUUGAGUCGUAUGUGAUCGAGCACCACAGGAAUGACAUCCUCAGCGUUCUGCAAGAGCCUGACGGAGACGCUCACUAUCCUGUCGUGGUGAACGCCAUGACGCUGUUUGAGGCCAACAUGGAGGUGGGGGAGUACUUCAACGCCUUCCCCGGUGAGGUCCUCGAUGUGUUUGACAACGCCUUACACCGAGCAGCCGUGUCAGUCUCGCAGGCGUUAACACAGCAGAAAGAGUGUAACGUUAAGCACAAUCUGCAUGCAAGGAUUUCAGGUUUGCCCGUCUGCCCGGAGCUGACGCGGGACCGCAUCCCCCGCUCUCGCGACGUGGGCCACUUCCUGUCCGUCACGGGCACGGUCAUCCGCACCAGCGCCACCAAGGUCCUGGAGUUCGAGCGCGACUACAUGUGCGCCAAGUGCCGGCACGUGUUCUCGGCCCGGGCCGACUUCGAGCAGUUCUACAGCUUCACCCCGCCCACCCGCUGCCCGAACGAGGAGGGCUGUGACUCCUAUAGGUUCACUUGCCUGGGGGGCGGAGCCUCGUCCCCAGCCACCUGCAGGGACUACCAGGAGAUCAAGAUUCAGGAGCAGGCCCAGAAGCUGUCCGUGGGCAGCAUACCCCGCUCCAUGACGGUGGUCCUGGAGGAUGAUCUGGUGGACAGCUGUAAGUCAGGAGAUGACAUCACGGUGUACGGCGUGGUCCGGCAGCGCUGGAGGCCCCUGUAUACGGACGCUCGCUGUGAUCUGGAGAUCGCUCUGAAGGCAAACUUUAUUGAGGUCAACAAUGAACAGUCUACGGCUGCCAUGGUGCUGGACGACAUUCAGAAAGAGUUUGAGGAGUUCUGGGAAAAAUUCAGAGAUGACCCUUUAGCAGGCCGGAACCAGAUUCUGAUGAGCCUUUGCCCACAGGUGUUCGGUCUGUACGUUGUUAAGCUGGCCGUUGCCAUGGUUUUGGCAGGUGGGGUCCAACGAGUUGACGUGUCAGGAACAAAAGUCAGAGGCGAGUCUCACCUGCUGCUUGUGGGAGACCCAGGGACAGGGAAGUCUCAGUUCCUGAAGUACGCUGCCAAGAUCACCCCACGCUCUGUCCUCACCGCAGGGAUAGGCUCCACAAAUGCAGGGCUGACGGUGGCGGCAGUGAAGGAUUCUGGGGAGUGGCACCUGGAGGCGGGGGCGCUGGUGCUGUCGGACGGGGGGCUAUGCUGCAUCGACGAGUUCAACAGCAUCAAGGAGCACGACCGCACCAGCAUCCACGAGGCCAUGGAGCAGCAGACCAUCAGCGUGGCCAAAGCUGGUCUGGUGUGUAAGCUCAACACCAGGACCACCAUCCUGGCAGCGACCAACCCUAAGGGCCAGUACGACCCCAACAUCUCCGUGUCGGUGAAUGUGGCUCUGGCCAGCCCGCUGCUCAGCCGCUUCGACCUGGUUCUGGUCCUCCUGGACACCAAGAACCCGGAGUGGGACAAAAUCAUCUCCUCCUUCAUCCUGCAGAACAAAGGUGGCCCGAGUGGGAAGAGCGAGUCCGUGUGGAGCAUGGAGAAGAUGAAGGCCUACUUCUGCCUGGUGAAGAGCCUGCAGCCCACGGUGUCUGACGAGGCCAACGCCAUCCUGGUGCGCUACUACCAGGCCCAGAGGCAGAGCGACGGCAGGAACGCAGCCAGAACCACCAUCCGCAUGCUGGAGAGCCUGGGCCGCCUCGCAGAGGCUCAUGCCAGGUUGAUGUUUCGGGAUACUGUCACGGUGGAGGAUGCUGUCGUUGUUGUUUCUGUCAUGGAGUGCUCCAUGCAGGGUGGCGCUCUUUUGGGAAAUGUCAAUGCUCUACACACCUCUUUCCCUGAGGACCCCAAACAGCAGUACAGGACGCAGUGCGAGAUGAUACUGGAGGGCCUGGGGCUCAACCAUCUCCUCCAGAAAGAACUGGACAGGCUCUCACGUCAGGGCAGUGGCCCACAAAUGAAGACACCUCCCGGUGAAAACGGGCUGAAUGCUAUCAGGAACAGUGGUGUGGAUCAGGAAGCCAACUCCCUGCAACGGACCCAGGACGGACCCGAGAGGAACGCCGGGGGUGAUAGCGGGCUGGACUGGUUUCAGUCGCUGUCAGGCCCUGGGUUAUCGCCAAUCGCACAGUCUUCCCAGAAUGCCUCAUCUGGCGCCAGAGGUGUACCAGAGGGCCGUGCUUCAUUGCCCAACAACGGAGGUUCUUUGCCUAAGAAAAGAAGGAUGUCCACAAUGGAUGAAACGCCCGCUAAAAACACAGAUGAGGCCGGUCCGUCCAAUCUUAAAAACACAGAUGAGGCCGGUCCGUCCAAUCUUAAAAACACAGCAACAACGGCAAGAGACAAAUCUGAGUCUGUUGUGGAAAAAGUGUCCAAGAGCCUCCGAGGGAAAAGGUUGAAAAAAAUCAGUGACUCUUCCCAUCAAGAGAAGGGUAACACGGCGGCGGCACAAGCUCCCCCUGGUGGUGAAAACGCUGAUUGCACUGACAAUCUAGAGCUCCUGUUCUCCUCCGAUGCCCUGCCCUCACACAGCACACCCAUAGCAGUGAAAAAACAGUCUUUGAAGAAGAGCCGCGCCCCUCACGAUUCUCUCACUGAGGACCGGGAGGCCCUGGAGACCAUGGGGGCCCCCGAGGCCCUGAGGACCAAACUCUCCUCCUUCACCUUCAGGCCCAGAGAGAGGCUGGCCCACGGUGAGGGCCACAGCAGUCCCCCAGAGCGGGCACUAGGAGACAGGGUCGACGGGGACCCCAAAACAGCAGGGGAAGGGAGGGGCGUCUCGGCAAACGGAGCACUCAGAGACGCAGGAUUUCAAGGGGAGCCUGCUACCCUGGCAAAGCUGACAAAAAAAUCAGAGGAGAGAAACAGUGAGAGGAACAGGGCCUCUGAGAGGCCAGCAGAGGGCAGCAAAGUUUGCAAGAAGCUGAGGCACAAAGCCACGCCGGAGGAAAAAGCCUACCUGCCCGAGGGGUCAGGUGGCCAGGGAGGGAGGAACGAGGGAGGGGAUUCGGCGGGGGAUGAGGAGCAGAGGCGACAGCAGCUGCUGCAGAGGCUGAGUUUAGCGACGGCUGGGGAGCAGCCCCACCAGGGCCCCCAGGCCCCACAGCCCCCCAGGGCCUCGGUGGCUUCCUCUACCCUAGCCAAACUGUCGCGCUUCUCCUUCGCUGGCUCGUCUGAGGAGCGGCCCGGGAAGCCCGAGGCGACGGUCUGCGAGAGAGCGAACUCUGAGAUGGGCCGGGGUCACGACCUGGCCCCAGGGCAUGAUGGGAAUAACCCCAGGAAGAGGAAGUGCUUCGAAUUUGGGUCAAAAAGCAUCCUGCUGGGGCAGUCUCUGUUCGGCUCCUCGGUCAUAGAUGAUGGAGAGCUGGACGUGGACUGGGAGGAGGAGUCUAGCAAGCGGGCGAAGGUGUGACCAGUCUGUGUGUGGUCUCUGUUCUUACUGAGUGUGUAUGUGUGUGUAUGUGUGUUUCUCUGCUUGCAUGUAUGUGUGUGCAUGUCUGGAUGUGUGUCUUGGUGUGUGUGUGCGCGUGGCUGAAACUAGUGCAUGUUUGCGUAUGUAUGUGUGUCUGCACAUCUGUGUGUGUGUGUGUGUGUGUGUGUGUGUGCGCGCAUGUAAGUGCAAGCACACAUGUAGGAAUGCUUGACCAACAGCCAUUCAUGAGGGACUGUCAGGGCAGAUGACCUCUAAUGAACUGACCUCCAGUGACCUCUUGCUGGA